AUGUACGGCUACCGAUAUCAACAACCGCAACGUCGUCACUACGUUGGACCAUCAGGAUGGUCAGCUCCACCGCAACAGCCUGCACCGAUCUAUGCUGUACAGCCGAGACCACACUUGGACCCGUACAGUAGCCGUGCUUUUUGGCCUGUUGCUUCCACUACACCACCACGGGUUCUGUUAGUCACUGGACUACCAGUACAGAAUGUUAGACCUGAAAACUUGUUCAACAACACUGGUGCCACAUCCCCUUCAUUAGUUGAAGUGAACGUAGAAAAGUUACCCAAAGUUAAAGAUGCAAAAUCAACCCGAUAUACACGCUAUAUGUUGCGCCGACGGCGUAGUAGUUUGGGGAAGCCUGGUUCCGCCGGUGGAUUAGGAUGGUGUGAAAUCUGUUCGUGUCUGGGAGCGUGUUUAUUGAUUUCUGCCGCUAUUGCUAUUCCUGUUGGUAUCGUUUUUGGUUCGAAGAAAAGUGACGAUACAAUUACCACAAGUUUACCCGCAGUCUGUUCAUGUGAGCUGAACACUGUUUAUUUUUUACAUACACUUUGUUAUUCAGUACUACAUUACCAACAACAACUUCCACCACCACCACAACAACAUCGACUACAACCUCCACCACGACAACUGCGACAGCAACAAAAUCGACAACCAGCACAACUUCGACAACGAGUGAGUGUGGGAUGCGGAGUGAUGACAAACUGUACCAAUUACCAAACAAAUCAACAAACUAUUUUACAAUUAACAAACAUGAAUUUUCAAUCUUCGUACACCACCUAUACUUUCAGUUACAUAACAAGCGCUAAUCUCACAAUGAUUACAUUCUCAUUUCGUAAUGAUCCACAAUAUUGGGUCCUCGAUGAUGUCAAAUUCGUUGAUACCGUUACCAGCAACAAUCAGGUAACUAAUGGCGGUUUUGAAUCCGGCAGCCUGUAUCCAUGGACGUAUUGUAAUCCAGGCAAUGCAACUUUCGCUGGUGGAAUCGAUGAUACCCUUCGAAAUCAUGGCACUUACGAUUAUGCUGAUGGAUCGGUUGGCUCUGCUGAUUAUUUGAGUCAGAGUGUAUCGACAGUAGUAAAUCGGACGUAUACAGUUAGUUUUGCAUUAGCAAAUAUACUGGGUACGACUGGGGGGGCAACGCCCACCAGAAUGGCACCGAGUGUAGCACUUGUUACAGUGUCACCAUGA